GCACUCUGGUUAGUACGAGAGUAUCUCACAGAUACACAGAUACAGAUACGCGAUCGGGUCUGUUUAUAAGGCACUCGUACUGAGUCGGCGAUCGCAGCCGAAGUCGUCUCAAGUCGGGGGGUUUUAAACAAAAACGUCUUGCCCAGACGACGGUCCAUUCAUGCGAGUUUUUCAUUCCGACGCGUCAACUUAAAACGACACAUGCUCUCGCCAGCGGGCGCGAUCGUCAGUAAAUGCGGCUAACUAAAUCCACAGAGUUCGACGAGUGUCUGUGCGAAGGAUAAUGCGACUAUGAGUUCUUAAAAACCAAUUGUAAAACUAAAAAUCAAAAAAAAGAAACACCUUCUAAUUGGCACAAAAUCAAUUAGCUUGCUGCAGUGAAUAUGCAAAAAGGUUACAUCUGACCCAAAUAAAAGCACCAAUCGAGAAUUCCCCGUAGUUCCCCCAGCAAAAGACAAACUUUGGAUUAGCCGUGCAGCCUCUGAGAAUUUUCGAAACACUUGAAUUAUGGGCUUGGAAAAACAUUACCUGCGUUAUGGACGGACCGCUAGAGAUCACCUCCUUGACUGGGCCACCUGUGGGCGUGGUCGACGGCAGCAGCAGCAGCAACAUCUACAGCAGCAACAGCAACAGCAAUCGCAGCAGCAACAUCCCCAGCAGCAACAACAAGCACAGCCAACACAGGGGCGGAGGUCACGCCCCCAUGUGACACACAGGGGAACCCCACUCUCCAUGCUGAUAUCAAAUGGAGUUAGGAUUAGCAAUAAUAGACUAGCUGUGAUAAUUAUUGGAAUAAUUACUUUAACCUUAGGCAUAAUUUUAUCAUCCAUGCCCUGGCUGGAUUAUUUUAUACUAAAGAACUUAAGGCUGUGGAAUGAUACAUUGAGCUAUCAUUAUUGGCAAAGGCCUGGCGUCAUCCGACUGACCAAGCUAUACAUCUACAAUGUGACCAAUCCAGAUGGCUUUCUUCGGGGUGAAAAGCCCCAUUUGCAGGAAGUUGGUCCUUUUGUCUACAGGGAAGACAUGCAGAAGGUGAAUGUCAAGUUUCACGAGAAUAACUAUACCGUGUCAUAUCAGCAUAAGAAGAUACUGCAAUUUGUUCCUGAACUGAGUAUUGAUAAGGACACGCCCAUCACCACACCCAAUAUCCCGCUGCUGACCCUCACCAGCCUCAGCCCGAAGCUGGGAUAUCUCCUGUCAAAAACCAUAUCCGUGGUGGUAACGGCUGCUCAAUUCAAACCCUUUAUCAAUGUCACUGCCGAGCAGCUGGCCUUUGGCUACGACGAUGCCCUGGUGAGUCUGGCCCACAGGUUCUAUCCGAAGCACAUGAGGCCCAUGGAGAGGAUGGGUUUGCUCCUGGGUCGCAAUGGCACCCUCACGGAGGUGUCCUCCGUCAAGACGGGCAUGGAUAGCAUGGACCAGUUUGGCUACAUAGACCAGCUGAAUGGAAUGGAUCAUCUGCCUCACUGGAGUGAGCCACCAUGCACCAGUAUAGCGGGAUCAGAGGGAUCCUUCUUUCCGCCGCGGGAACUUACCAAAUCGGAGAUGGUUCACAUCUAUGACAAGGAUCUCUGCCGGAUUAUCCCACUGAAGUAUGUGGAGAGCCUAGAAAAGGAUGGCAUAUCGGCGGAUCUGUUCAGGUUGCCCAAUAAUUCCUAUGGAGACUCCGCCCACAAUCCCGAGAACAAGUGCUACGACUCAAGCGAUUAUGAGCCAAUACAGGGUCUCCAGAACAUCAGUCCUUGUCAAUAUGGCGCCCCCGUUUACAUAUCCAAUCCGCAUUUCUUUGAAUCCCACCCAGAUCUUCUCAAUUCUGUGGAGGGCCUAAAGCCAGAACGUGAGAAGCAUGAAACGUACUUCAAAAUACAACCGAAACUUGGAGUACCACUGGAGGGUAAAGUGCGGAUUCAGCUGAAUCUAAAGGUGACGCGUGCCAAGGACGUCUAUCCAGUGCGUGAUUUUCGAGACUUUGUCUUUCCGGUCAUGUGGCUGGAAGAGGGCAUCUCUGAGCUAACACCCGCCAUCAAGCGUUGGAUUUAUUUGGGCACUGUUAUAGCCCCUAGCGCCGUGCCCAUAGGAUCCUACCUGAUGAUCAUGGGCGGAGCCUUUGCCAUUAUCUUCAGCUUUGUGCGAGCCUAUCAGAACGUGGUUUUCGCUCAUGAUCCCACGCUGGAGAUCCUCGAGAUGGGCAGGAGGUCCUUGAGAAGGGGCAGCGACUUCAUAGCCCAUCAGCAGCACAGGUUACUCGUCCAUCAUCGGGACAGCUACUCCCUGCUGAGACAUGGACCCAUGGCCACCUGUUUGGGCGAGGGAAAUCGGGAGGAGGACUCGCAACCCAUUAUCGAUGGCAGCCUCAGUGCGGGAAUGAGUCAGGACUCAUAGUUGCAGAUAUAGAAAUAGAACCCUAGAUCCUUAAGGUAUGAAUCUGUGACAAUUUGUGUGUGUGUGUGCCUGAGAAUAUUUAAUUUUAGUUUCGUUCUGGCCAAAAUCGUGGCAUAUACCUGACGUUCUUGCCACUGCAUAAGCAUUAUCAUUACUCAGUUUCCACAUCGAAGGCAAUCAAUCAUUAUCAAUCAUCUUGCUGCUACCAACGCCAAAACGGGUUUGCUAGUAACUUGAAUCUUGUAGAUAGACGUAUGAAUUUGUAUACAUUUUUGUCACAGGAAUGCUACAAAUAAUUCACUAGUCAAUGAUUACAAUGUGAAACAUGCAAGCACUCAUUUCUAGUUUCGUUAGCCGUAACUCUUAGUAAGUCGUAGGCAUAAACUAUAUUUUAUGUAUUUGUUAAAUAAUGUUUAGGCUGAGGAUGUACGAAAUUUUGUAAUAUAAAUUAGAACUUUGAAAAU